UCGUGUUUAUGUGGAUGGCGGUUUGUGUGUAUGAUUUUAAACAAUAAUAAUUCGACAUUAUUUAUAACGUUUUUAAAACUAAAUACUUAAUAAACUACGCUAACAGAAUAUGAAUUUGUGACCCCUACUUUAAUCACAAUGGAGACAGACGCAGAAGACGUGACCAGUACAUUAUCGCACGAUGAUUUGCUGGAAGUAACAAAGUCUACUGUCUGUACUUUACUCAGCUGUGAUCCUUUGCUUGCUGAUUUGCCAACUGAUAUUAUAUUGGAGGAAAUCCUUGCCCAGAUUGCAGUUGAACAUGGACAAUCUAUUACAAUUUACAUAUCGCGAGAGGAUGAACCUGCUUUGAAAGUCAUUGUCCCACAGAAUUCCUCAGUAAGGGACCUCAAAAAGGCAGUAGCAAGACAUUUUGAAAUUCACCAACAAAGGACGGGCAGCAAAGUGAAAAUCUCCUGGAAGUAUACCUGGAAAACUUACGAUUUGUGCUUCGACUCUCUUGUGCUCGACAAUGAUAAUAGCACUAUUGAAGACUACGGGGUUACUAACAAGGUGACACUGAUGUUCAAGAAGAGGAGAAAGAAAAUUAAGAAGUUUUUAUAGUAAGGUGUAUUUUUUUUUUUUUUCGUUCUACAUCUACAUCUACAAGGUGUAUUUUGAUUAUUAAAAAAACUAGCUUUUGCUCGCGGCUCGCACGCGUUAGAAAGAGACAAAAAGUAACU